AUGAAAGACGUCCUGGAAGGAUGCAGGUACAAGUUGCCCAAAGCCAAGGGGGUCCAGUAUAAGCCUGGGGGAGGGGACCCUAACUCGCUGGCAGCUUCAUUCCAUUUUGGGGACCAGUGGGACUUUUCCUUUGACAUGACCUCCAUCUCCAGCAGCUAUGAUAUCAGACUGGCACAACUCCGGGUUCAUCUACUGACCUUCUCUCAAUCUAGAAAUAUCACUGUGCACAUUUAUCACAGUCACAACCACACAUGUAAUGGGAAUCAGACUUGCACAGAGAGGCUGUUCCUUGGUUCUUUUGUGAGUAGCCUCUCCCUCAGCCAUUCAUCCUGGAAAGUCUUCAACAUCACUAGCUUGUUACAUUUUUGGCUCCACCAAGGGGUGCCAUCUGGCACUAAGAUUCCAGAAGUCCCCCAGCAAGACUGGGAGGAGAGGAAUAUAUCUGAGGACAAUAGUAACCCAGCAGCUGGUACUUUCCAGGAUAAGUGUGUCCACAAUAAUUCUAGAGAGGGCCAACAGCUUUCGAGCCACAAUGGGCCUGAUAAAGCACUCUUGGUGGUCUUCUCCAAAGAUAAGGAACCUCUGGAGCCUUCUCAGGGCUCAAGUCUCAUUAGGACUGUAGAGAUGUCCAAGCACGUUAUGUUUUACAACACUUCCAAAGAGGCCGGAGGCCGUCGACAUCGACGGAACAGGAAACAGAAGCAAAGGAUUAAAGUGAGCGCUCUCCAAACCUCCAGUUUGGGGGAAGAAGGCAGAUCUUUAUGCAAAAGGGUUGAUAUGAUGGUGGACUUCGAUAAGACUGGCUUUGGAAGCUGGAUUGUGCAUCCCAAGAAGUAUAAUGCAUAUCGAUGUGAAGGAGAUUGUCCAUCACCUGUAGAUGAGACCUUCAAGCCAACAAACCAUGCCUAUGUUCAGAGCUUGCUGAAGGUAUACCAACCCAACCGGGUACCUUGCCCAUCCUGUGCUCCAAUCAGGUUAAGCCCAUUGUCCAUGCUGUAUUAUGAGAAAGGAAGAAUAAGGGUCCGUCACCACGAGGACAUGAUAAUUGAAGAAUGUGGCUGCAACUGA